AUGCUGUCUCCUCUUUGCUGGAGUGGGGCGGAGGAUGAGCAAGCUGAAGACACAUGGGUUUUCUGGAUCCACGCUAGCAAUGCGGCGCGGUUGCAACAGGGCAACGAGAAUAUUGCUGCAGUUACGAUUCCGGGACGGGCCGAUCCGAAGAUAAACCUCCUCCAGCUUGUGUCCCAGUGGUUGUGUUAUGCAGGCAAUGGGCGCUGA